AUGUCCCUGAGUUUACUUCAUCAAGAGCAACAUGCCCAACAGCACUAUAUGGGAAGGAAUCACCAACGAGUUUUGCAUGGACUUAAACCAUUAAAAGCUGGUUAUUACAAUAAGGACACUGGGAAAUGGCAGAGAACUCCUCCUGAUCCUAGAGUGGCAGCAGAGAGAAUAGGGCUGAAUCUUGACCCACCAUCAGAUGAUGAAACCAAUGGAACUUCAAAGAAACCUGAAGAGCCAUCACCAGUUAAAGAGAAAGAAAGAUACUUUUGUGGCUUAUGUGGUGUCUCAGCAACAUCAAAGGAGCAGCUUGAUGGCCACAUGGUGGGACAACGUCAUAUGAAGAAUGUCAGAGCUACUACCAAAAAAGCAUCUUCAUCUUCGACUG